CAGGUUCACUUACAACUUUACUAGCAGAAAUGGCGUUCGCUCUGGCCACUUCCCGCAAGGCGCUGCAGGUCACCUGCAAGGCGACCGGCAAGAAGACCGCUGCCAAGGCCGCUGCUCCCAAGAGCUCUGGCGUUGAGUUCUAUGGCCCCAACCGCGCCAAGUGGCUGGGCCCCUACUCUGAGAACUCGACCCCCGCCUACCUGACUGGCGAGUUCCCCGGCGACUACGGCUGGGACACUGCUGGUCUGUCCGCUGACCCGGAGACCUUCAAGCGCUACCGCGAGCUGGAGCUGAUCCACGCCCGCUGGGCUAUGCUGGGCGCCCUGGGCUGCCUGACCCCCGAGCUGCUGGCCAAGAACGGCACCAAGUUCGGUGAGGCCGUGUGGUUCAAGGCCGGCGCCCAGAUCUUCUCUGAGGGCGGCCUGGACUACCUGGGCAACCCCUCUCUGGUGCACGCCCAGAACAUCGUCGCCACCCUGGCCGUGCAGGUCAUCCUGAUGGGCCUGAUUGAGGGCUACCGCGUCAACGGCGGCCCUGCUGGCGAGGGCCUGGACCCCCUGUACCCCGGCGAGUCGUUCGACCCCCUGGGCCUGGCUGACGACCCCGACACCUUCGCUGAGCUGAAGGUGAAGGAGAUCAAGAACGGCCGCCUGGCCAUGUUCUCCAUGUUCGGCUUCUUCGUCCAGGCCAUCGUGACCGGCAAGGGCCCCGUCCAGAACCUGGACGACCACCUGGCCAACCCCACCGUCAACAACGCGUUCGCCUUCGCCACCAAGUUCACCCCCUCCGCGUAAAUGCCUCGAUAGGUGCCUCGAGAGCGAAAGAAUGGCUUACGUAAAGAUUGUGCAUAGUCCUGCAGGAGUGGAGUGGAGCGGUUUGCAGGCUUUUGUUUGCUAUUGAUGGCUCUGUUUUUGUUCCCUGGCAUCAGGGAGUGGGCCUUGACUUCUUACAUGUGAACUGACUCGAAUGUUGCGUGUGGAAUGGACCAAGAUGACCCUUGAGCAUUGAAGAGAAGAAACCCCGCAGAAGUGAAGGCGCAAAUGUGCCACAUGAUGUCCGCAAAUGGCCCUUACCGUGGGGGCAUGUCGCACCCGUGGAGGGCACUGUAAAGGAUGAGUUAC